GACGUCACUAAAACGUCGAGACAGAAUCAAAACAAAAAUAAAGAAACAUAACCUUGUUUUUUUUGUAAUAUUUGUGCUUUUGUGCUAAAAAUGGAUAAGCAUAUUUUGGUUGAAUAUUUGAGUUCUUUGAAUACAAUAAUACCAGAAACAUUCAGAACUACACAACGUGUUAAGUUAACAAGUUUCAGCAUAUGCAACAGCUGCAUAAUUUUUGGGGCAUCCAGUGGGGGAAUUUAUAUAUUCAAACGAUCGCCUUGCCAGUUUCUUAAGUUAAUUCCAAGUAAGGAAGGAUCAGCCUCACAAAUUGAUAUUAGCAAAAAUGAGAAAAACUUGGCUGUAGCAACAUCCAAAGGAAUUAUAAUCAUCGUAGAAAACUUCAUUGACAAUAACAUUAAUAUACCUUUAAUUUAUAAUGAGCAUGAAAGAAGUACAGUAACUGCAAUGAAAUGGUGUGGAGAUAACUUACAUAUUGGAGAUAGUUCAGGGAAAAUAUCAGUGUUUACAUUAACUUCAAUACUGACGAAAACUAUUUUUCAAACACCUUCUGCAGUUCUGAUGCAAUUAGAUUCCAGUAUUAUACAAAUUGAUGCAUAUUCUAACUUUUUGUUAAUAUCUACAAAUACACGAACUUAUUUAUGCAAUACUGAAAAAGAACAGUACAAACAAAUUGGUAAAAAGCUGAGAGAUGGUCCAUUUGGAGCUUGUUUUUUAAAUACUGCCAGUACUGAAUGUCUGGCAACCUGUGACAGGGCUAGCGGUGUUUCAGGUAUAUUUAGAACAGUUACAGAAACAGAUAAUGAAUAUUUUUCCAGUAGCAUAAUCAACCCGGAUGUAAAAAUUUACUGUGCUAGACCUGGGGUCAGACUGUGGGAAGCAGACUUUGGAGCAAACGUUUUAGUUACUCAUCAGUUACGAAAUUCUUUAAAUCAGAAACCUGGAAACUUGACAAUAAUUGAAGAAAAGGCUGACGCAAGACUGAAAUUUGUAUAUCCUGCUGAAACUAAUAUUAGUAAAAGUUUUAACUUCAGGACAAUUUAUUCUUUUUAUAAAAGAUUUAUUGUGGCAUAUGAUAGAGAUGGUAUAUAUUUCUUUGACCCCAUGAACAGCGAUUUAUAUACUUGGAGUAAUAUAACUGAUAUUAAAGAUAUCAAAAUAUUCAAAAAUUAUAUUUAUCUAUGGAGAGAAGAUAUGAAAAUAAGCAUACUCACUUUACAACCUUUAGAAGACUUGAUUGUCAACACAAUAUUGAAUAAACAGUACUUUUUGUGUUCGGAAUUGUGCCUUUCUUAUUCAGAUGACAUCUUAGAUAUUGCUGAACAAUCUAAGAAAAUAUUUUUUAUUCAUACAUUGAAAAGUAAGUUGCCCGAAAUAAAUGCUAAUGAUAUGUUACAUAAAAUUGAACCAAUAUUAAGCAAACUUGAGGAUCUUAAGGAAAAAAAUCCUAUAAGAAAAACAGAAAAUAGUAUUACUGUGGUUGAAAACGGAGAUUUAGAAGCUGACGACAUUCCCGUAGUGGUAAGUCAAAGAGGUGUAACUAGCAAGACUGAUACAACGAAAUGUAGUGAUAUUAUACAUAGUGCAGAUAAGACGAGCAAAGCAGUUUUGUCGCUUUAUAAACAAUAUUUGUUGAAUAAAUCUCAUAAAAAUGCAGAACUAACAGAAACAAACGAGUUAUACGAAAAAGCAGAAAUAGACAAAAUGAUACCCGUUUUUCAAGAAUUUGUUCAAUUUGUUUGGGAGAAAUAUAAUGAAAACCCGACAAAAUGGUGCCAAGAACAAAUGUUGAAGCAGGCAUAUAGGAGAAUCAAAGAUAUCACUAAUCUAGCAGAAAAUACUAUACGUUAUUUGAAAGAUGCAUUCCUCGAGCUUAACAAGGUGGAACACUUGAACUGCAAAUGCAGUUUUCCUCUACCAAAAGCACAUGAAAUGAAACCUACAUUUUAUGAACUGGGAUGCAAAUUGUUAGAGUUACUUGAGGAAGAAGAUAAACAUUUCAGCGACAUUGCUUAUUUGUACAAAUAUAAACUUCAGAAAGAAAAUGAUCUAAAUGAGGCCGAUCUAACAUUACUAGUACAAUUUAAUGAUAGAGAGCUUUAUAAAAAGCUGUCUAUAAACUUCACAUAUGAUACUUGUGAUAAACUGUUAAACCUGUUUAUAAAAUUAAAGAGAGGAAACUGUUUGAAUUGCGGGCUACCUGUUGAUGUGAAUGAUUUGAUGUCGUGGACUGAAUUGGGACUAUUAUUGGUUGAAUUCGUCGGACCGCAAAACGCAUGCAGGCUACUGAAACGAUAUUCUGAUGAGAUACCAAAUGGUGAAUUAGACUCUGGGUUUUACCAGGGUUUUAUUUUGGCUGCAGCUUACAAGAAACCUAAAGAGGCAUUGAACUUUAUGGAGACAGUUGUGGAUGAUAGUAACAGACAAAAGUUUGAGGAAUCGAUGGAAAAAUACCUUAUAAAGAAAUAUAUUGGUACACAUUCCGAUAUUAGAAAGCCGAAUAUAUUCAAGGAAAAUGAUGAGUGUGUUUUCUGUGAAUUACCGCUGAGUGGUCCUAUCCUGAUUGAAAUAAAAAAGGCUACGUGCGGGCAUAACUUCCACAACUUAUGUUUCUCCUACAACAAUGGUAUUUGUAGUAUCUGCAGACUUACUUGUAACACUGACAUUCAAUAAAUUAUUUUGUAUAGGUCCUGGCUCUCGAGAAUUAGUGAGUACAAUCUGCGUAGCAUACAUUUUGUCUUUCAGGGAAGCUACGCGAGAUGCACAUCGGCGAGUUUAAAUCUCAUCUGUAAAAACAGACAUUGUACGAAUAUUGAAGGAACCAAAAUCAUAAAAAUAUCUUUGAGAAAAGCUCGGGCAAUAUCAUUUGGUAUUUUGAGUGGUUUAAAUGUGUUUUGAAAGUAGCUUAUAAAUUUGAUUUAUGAC